AUGUCGACUCCCGAACACCAAAGACGCAUCAUCUCCCACAUGAACAAGGGCCACGGCUUGCUGAUCGAGGACUACGUCGUCGCCUACGUCGGCGCCGUCCCCGACCCCAACAGCGCCAAGCUCGCCGACAUCGACACCGAGGCCGUCGUCAUCAGCUACCGCGUCAACGGCGUCGCCAGAACCGCGGUCAUCAAGUGGAAGGACGCCGACGAGGGCGAAAAUAUCGAGGUGACGGAAUUGGCCCACGUCAAGGGCAAGUUGGUGCUGAUGGCGAAGUACGCCGCCCACAAGCGCGGGUUCUCCCACCAGCGAGUGACCACCGCUGUGGGCCCCAACCAGCCCGACCAGGUGUUGAUGUACGUGGUGUUUGCCCUCUCGGUGUGGAACAAGCUCGACGCCAAGCUGUUCCACCGGUACUUGGACCCCAUUGCCGGUGAGAUCAUCAAUAAGUUGCCGGCGCUGUUGAUGCCUGCUGUCGGGUGGUUGAAGGAGCACGGGUACAAGAUCAUCCCCGCGAUGUACGCCAUCCACCUUCUCGAGGUGAUCUUCGUGAUGUUGCCGAUGUGCAAGAAGUACCGGGUGCCGUUGUGGCCCAAGAUCCAGUGGGCGGUGAUGAACUUCAUCGAGGGCUUCCCCCUGUGGAAGCGCUUUAAGUCCCAGAUUCAAUAG